UUAACAAUCCAGACAUGAGGGUACAGAUCCUAAAGGAUUUUGUGAAGCAGCAUUUCCCAGCCACACCUCUCCUCGACUAUGCGCUAGAAGUGGAGAAGAUUACUACCUCCAAGAAACCAAAUCUUAUCCUGAAUGUUGACGGUUUUAUUGGUGUUGCCAUGGUUGACUUGCUAAGAAACUGUGGUGCAUUUACAAGGGAGGAAGCUGAUGAGUAUGUGGAGAUUGGUGCCCUGAAUGGAAUCUUUGUGCUUGGACGAAGUAUGGGCUUUAUUGGUAAGUUCAUUAUUAGUUUCCUUUUAGAUGAUAAACGUCUUUGUGGCUUUCUGUUGACCUUUAAAGUUUUCCCAAUCUUCUUUAGCCACUUUAGAGAUGGCGAGAGAAAUAGCAAGUGCACUGAUGAGAAUUUUGGAAAAUUACCUGGACUUGGGCAGUCACAGCAGAUUGGAUGGUAG